UAUCAACAACAUUUUGAUACCUGCUGGGCUUUCAACUCCUGCCUUUUGCCGUAUCACGCCGGAACACCUUCUUCCAAGCUUUGCAUUAGUCCUCUAGGAAUAUAAGUAAUUGAAGUUUCCGAAACGAGAAUGUCUGCCACAAAAGCCUCGAGGAUCGGUGAAGAGCUAUGGAAAACGAGGGUUGACAAAGUCAAUGCGGAGUUAGUCACAUUGACUUAUGGUACAAUUGUUGCACAACUAUGUCAGGACUAUGACUCAAACUAUCAGGAGGUGAACAAACAGCUCGACAAGAUGGGCUACAAUAUUGGUAUGCGACUUAUCGAAGACUUUCUGGCAAAGUCAGGCGUCGGCCGAUGUUCCAACUUUCGGGAAACAGCAGACAUGAUCGCAAAAGUCGGGUUCAAGAUCUUUCUCAACAUCUCGCCUACCGUCACGAACUGGACCAGUGAUAAUAACCAGUUUUCUCUUGUCUUCGACGAGAAUCCACUAGCCGACUUUGUUGAGUUGCCAGAUGAUGGUAGGGCACAGGAUGAGUUGUGGUUCUCUAAUAUUUUGUGUGGUGUUCUGCGGGGUGCUUUAGAGAUGGUUCAAAUGCAGGUCGAAGCGCAUUUUGUUAGCGAUGUGUUGCGGGGUGACGAUACUACAGAGAUGCGGGUAUCUCUGGUGAGAUAUAUUGAAGAUGAAAUGCCACCGGAGGAGGAGUAAUAAGUACAUGGAAACAAGAAUGCUGUAGAAGGUUGUGGCGUAACGGUGUUUGGGAUUCGACGGUCUCUGUUCUUUACUAAAUUAUAGCAUUUCUUGCCAUUAGUAAAUCUAUUUGUACCAGACGUUGGCUCUGAUGAUUACCUCUACAAUAUUGGUAUCUUGAUUAUAGUCUAGUACGAGGUUAGAGUAACUAUCAAAGUUGGCGAUUCAGUUGAA